AUGGUGAGCAAGGGCUGCGGCCCCACCUGCUCCGAGAACUCGGAGAUGAGGAUGAAGUCGCGGGUGAACUUGGAGCCGGCGACCUUGGACCAGGGGUUGGCGCCGGGGCCGCCGAAGGGCAGCAGCGGCACCGACUUCAAGGGCGGCUACUUCCCCGAGCACGUGAAGGCCAUGACCAGCCUGCGCUGGCUGAAGCUCAACCGCACGGGGCUCUGCUACCUGCCCGAGGAGCUCGCUGCCCUCCAGAAGCUGGAGCAUCUGUCCGUGAGCCACAACAGCCUCACGACGCUGCACGGCGAGCUGUCCGGCCUGCCCUGCCUGCGGGCCAUCGUGGCUCGUGCCAACAGCCUGAAGAACUCGGGUGUCCCCGAUGACAUCUUCCAGCUGGACGACCUCUCGGUGCUGGACCUGAGCUACAACCAGCUCACAGAGUGUCCCCGAGAACUGGAGAAUGCCAAGAACAUGCUGGUCCUCAACCUCGGCCACAACAGCAUCGAGACCAUCCCCAACCAGCUCUUCAUCAACCUGACGGACCUGCUCUAUCUGGACCUGAGCAACAACAAGCUGGAGAGCCUCCCGCCGCAGAUGAGGCGCCUGGUCCACCUCCAGACCCUCAUCCUCAACGACAACCCCCUCCUGCACGCGCAGCUCCGGCAGCUGCCGGCGAUGACAGCGCUGCAGACCCUGCACCUCAGGAACACCCAGCGCACGCAGAGCAACCUGCCCACCAGCCUGGAGGGCCUGGCCAACCUGGCAGACGUGGACCUGUCCUGCAACGAGCUCAGCCGCGUCCCCGAGUGCCUCUACACCCUGAGCAGCCUGCGGCGCCUCAACCUCAGCAGCAACCAGAUCUCGGAGCUGUCUCUCUGCAUAGACCAGUGGACCCAGCUGGAGACCCUCAACCUGUCCCGCAACCAGCUCACCUCCUUGCCUUCGGCCAUCUGCAAGCUGACCAAGCUGAAGAAGAUGUACCUGAACUCCAACAAGCUGGAUUUUGAUGGGAUCCCCUCGGGCAUCGGCAAGCUCACCAGCCUGGAGGAGUUCAUGGCAGCCAACAACAACCUGGAGCUCAUCCCCGAGAGCCUGUGCAGGUGCUCCAAGCUGAGGAAGCUGGUGCUGAACAAGAACCGUCUGGUGACGCUGCCGGAGGCCAUUCACUUCCUGACCGACGUGGAGAUCCUGGACGUGCGCGAGAACCCCAACCUGGUGAUGCCGCCGAAGCCGGCGGACCGGACCUCGGAGUGGUACAACAUCGACUUCUCCCUGCAGAACCAGCUGCGAGAGAACGGGGACGCCAAGGCGCCGGACCUGAAGACGCGCCGCUGGGAUCAGGGCCUGGAGAAGCCUCAGCUGGACUACUCGGAGUUCUUCAGCGAGGACGUGGGGCAGCUGCCCGGCCUCUGCGUGUGGCAGAUCGAGAACUUCGUGCCCACGCUGGUGGACGAGGCUUUCCACGGCAAGUUCUACGAGGCCGACUGCUACAUCGUGCUCAAGACCUUCCUGGACGAGAAUGGCUCCCUGAACUGGGAGAUCUACUACUGGAUCGGGCAGGAGGCCACGCUGGACAAGAAGGCCUGUUCUGCCAUCCAUGCUGUCAACCUGCGCAACUACCUGGGGGCCGAGUGCCGCUGCAUCCGGGAGGAGAUGGGGGACGAGAGCGACGAGUUCCUCCAGGUUUUUGACCACGACAUCUCCUACAUCGAGGGUGGCACGGCCAGUGGGUUCUUCACUGUCGAGGACACGCGCUAUGUCACCAGGCUGUACCGCGUCUACGGGAAGAAGAACGUCAAGCUGGAGCCAGUGGCGCUGAAGGGGACGUCCCUGGAUCCCCGGUUUGUCUUCCUCCUGGACCACGGGCUCAACCUCUUGGUGUGGCGGGGGAGCCAGGCCACGCUGAGCAGCACCACCAAGGCCAGGCUCUUUGCUGAGAAGAUCAACAAGAACGAGCGGAAGGGCAAGGCGGAGAUCACACUGCUCACCCAGGGCCAGGAGACCCCCGACUUCUGGGAGGCUCUUGGGGGGCAGCCCGAGGAGAUCCGGCCCUGCGUCCCCGACGACUUCCAGCCGCACAAGCCCAAGCUCUACAAGGUCGGCCUGGGCCUGGGCUACCUGGAGCUGCCCCAGAUCAACUACAAGCUCUCGGUGGAGCACAAGAAGAGGCUGAAGGCCGACCUGAUGCCGGAGAUGCGCCUGCUGCAGAGCCUGCUGGACACAAAGAGCGUCUACAUCCUGGACUGCUGCCCCCGGCUGACCGGGCGCGCGGGGCUGCAGGCGGAGCAGCUCAUGGAGGAGUGGAACGAGGACCUGGACGGCAUGGAGGGCUUCGUGCUGGAAGGCAAGAAAUUCGCCCGCCUGCCCGAGGAGGAGUUCGGCCACUUCCACACCCACGACUGCUACGUCUUCCUCUGCAGGUACUGGGUGCCAGUAGAGUACGAGGAUGAGGAGGAGAAGAAGAAGAAGGGCGAGGGCAAAGGGGAGGAGGAUGGUGAGGAAGAGGAGGAGGAGAAGCAGCCUGAGGAAGACUUCCAGUGCAUCGUCUACUUCUGGCAGGGCCGCGAGGCCUCCAACAUGGGCUGGCUCACCUUCACCUUCAGCCUCCAGAAGAAGUUCGAGAGCCUCUUCCCCGGCAAGCUGGAGGUCGUGCGCAUGACCCAGCAGCAGGAGAACCCCAAGUUCCUCUCGCACUUCAAGAGGAGGUUCGUCAUCCACCGGGGCAAGCGGAAGGAGCGGGCCAGCCCACCCCAGCCCACCCACAUCCGCACCAACGGAGGGGCCCUCUGCACCAGGUGCAUCCAGAUCAACACGGACGCGGGGCUGCUCAACUCCGAGUUCUGCUUCAUCCUCAAGGUGCCUUUUGAGAGCACCGACAACCAGGGCAUCGUCUACACCUGGGUGGGUCGGGCUGCCGACCCCGACGAGGCCAAGCUGGCUGAGGACAUCAUGAACCACAUGUUUGACGACUCCUACAGCAAGCAGGUCAUCAACGAGGGAGAGGAGCCCGAGAACUUCUUCUGGGUUGGCAUCGGCAGCCAGAAGCCCUAUGAUGAGGACGCCGAGUACAUGAAGCACUCCCGGCUCUUCAGGUGCUCCAACGAGAAGGGCUAUUUCUCCGUGUCGGAGAAGUGCUCGGAUUUCUGCCAGGACGACCUGGCCGACGACGACAUCAUGUUGCUGGACAACGGGCAGGAG